UCGACGACGAUCAGUAUCACCGGAAACGAAGCGCAUGGGUGCACGCUCUCCAGGUAGAAGACACGUGGGAUGUCUACCUAUCUACAUCACCGGUCAUGUUCGUCCUCCUAGCUCUGAAUUGACUGAGUCUGAAACGCUGCUCGCAUCCAUUUCCUCUUCUCCUCAAGUGCUUCCUCGCCUGCCAACGGGGAGACAUAACUAUCCUGCCACUACAGCACACGAGCACGCAUUGCUUGCAGUAGCAUUAUCGUCUCCAUGCCGAUUGACAUCAUUAUUUUGGGCAAGGGCCGAGUAGUAUCGGCAUCUCUAAUACGACCGUGGCGUGGAUUGCGCGUUCGUGUUGAGCCAUACGAAUGUCAUGUGUUUUGGAUGCAGCCCGGAGAACAAGACUCCGUCGCCCCACCUCGAGGUUGGCCUCUCACCCUCUCUUCAGCCCUAACCUUACUGUACUCACACCUCAGCACAUGAUGUCAAUCGCGAGCCAGGUCAAACAGCGGGCCUGCCUAAGUGAGCUGCGUCCAACACGACGCUAUGCACACAAUCAACUUUCGGACUUCGAGCUGAACAACCAUGGCCGUAUCCCGAUGGCGAGCACGGCCAAUCCUCCAACCCCGGUCCCCUCCUUAGUCCCCUAUUGGCCUGCGCCGAGGCGUUCCACCACGGACUUUUAUCAAGUCCUGGCUCCCCACUACAAGUCCUUUUCUCAGAUAUCUUCUGCAUCGCGGCCGCCAGACACGACUGACAAACUCUUCGCCGCAAUGCAACCACUACCUUCACCACGCCUGCCAGGCGUCACAAUCCUACGGGCCGAGGCCUCUGGGCCUGAGUACUCUCGAUGGAGGCGUGAAGUCAAAGCCGUCUUCACCGCAAAAGGAAUCUGGGGUCACUGCGAUGGCAGCAGCCCCAUGCCCAUGCCAGAGGCGGGUCCCAACUUCUUCUCACCAGCGUCGCCCUCCAACCCUCAACCGCAGCUACUGGAGCAAAGAAAGGCCUGGGUCAAAAGGGACCGCGACGUGAAGCUCGACAUCUUUCUCUCCGUUUCAGAUGACAUCAAACUCGAAGUCUUCGAUGUCGGUCCACCACUGCCACCGGUAUCCCUGACCGCCAAAGAGAUGAUGGAAGCUAUGGAUGAGCGCUUCGCAGAGUUCAAAUUCGAGGACUACCACCAUGUAUUCUGCCAUUUUCUCAACCUCCACAUCGACCAAUAUAGCACCAUCGAGGAUUUCAAUGCUGAGUACCAGGCAACCUUGAACGAUCUCCUGGACCACGGGCACCCCAUGAGCAACGUUCAAGCAUGCAGCGCCUAUUUCUCCAAACUCCGCUGCACUCAAAAUCCCUGGGUAAUGAAGAAGCUCAAAGAGUGGGACGGACUGGAAUUGGAGCCACAACUAGAACAUCUAAUGCAGCAAUCUCCACCUUGGUCAAUCAUCAAGCCAUUGAACUCUGCGCCAAACAAACCCUCGCAAUCAAGCCAUUCGCUGCCUGAUUCUAUCCCAGAGGAGCACCUUGAAGACACUCCACACCACUCCGAUGGGGAAUACGCUCCCUCCGAACGAUCCGUUGCUUCGAGCACUUCAUCGAGGUCUUCUAAAUACUCGCAGAGGACAUACCAGCACACUCGCGACAUCUCAGUCGCAACGACACGGUCACAGGAAAUCACCAUCCACGCCUCUUAUGACGACCUGUCAGAUAUCCACGCAUUUCCUACCGUACCAGCUCCCCCGCUUCCUUCAACAAACAUCCCCAAACGCGGAUCUAGCAUGGCAAAUAUCAGCAACAUGGCCGCCCGUCCUCCGCCCAUCAAUCGUCCACUUCCACCUCUUCCCCCUAAUGCCUCGCCUACUCCUUCUGAGCGCGCUGUCUCACCCCAACCCUCCAUCACACACUCCGUUGAAUCAGGAAAAAGCGUAAAGAAGGUCCAACUACCAGUGUUGUUGCCACCAAAGAGCUUCACUGGUAGCACGGAGAACAUUCACCCAGCUCUUCGCUCCUCAACCCCCAGGUCUGUGCCUGAAGAUGACCAGGGUCAAGCAGACAUCCACCCAGCUCUUCGGAACACAUCUCCGGUUCAAUCGUCAAUCAACACACCUCCACAAAUUGUUGAGACCGUUGUUACAGUUCCCACGCCGUCGAAUGAAGACGCCUCAAACGCACAGUCACCCCCACCCGCCAUGUCACCCACUAUUGCUUCGCCUCGAUUUAGCACAGUCAUGAGCCUAUUCCCCGCACCAUUGAGUUCCGCAGCUUAUCAGCGCCCUUCAUCAUCGCGUUCUGCAGUUCAACCUCCCCCACUGCGGACUACGUCUCCUCUAGCCAACUCCUCUGAAGACUCAACUCUCAACUCUCCACCGUUCAAUCUGAACUCUUCCAGCAGUUCCACCUGGUCUCUUCCCCUCCAAGGCAUCUCACUACCUGAUCAUAUGGAUGGACCAGAGUACAAGGAUUCGCUCAUCACGGAGCACCGUAGCUCUACCGCCGAAGCUACGCCGCCAUCACCUACUCCUGCGAACAAGCCUGUUUCCAAGAUCGAACAAGCUCGCAUGAGGUUCGAGGGUGGGAUCGGUACCCGUAGAACCUCGGGCUCACCACCACGCGCGCUAAUGAGUCCUUCGCUCAGUUACCUUAGCGAAGAAGAAAAAAAGAGUCGCAAGAGGAGCUGGAACAUCAAGGCGAAAUUGAGCGCUCGUCACGGAAUCAAGGAGAUCAUCUAA